AAAUUUCAAGGGAGGCGUCUUUGGCCCCAUCCACUUGGCCCCUGGGGGUUGGCCACAUGCAUAUCUGGCACUCAGAGCAAAGAAACAGGGACCCCACCCCAGGAGUCUGUAUGGGGAAUGGCAGAGAGUCCAAGUGCUAGAAAAUGAGUCAGAAGCAGGGGAGUGGGGGGGGGGGAGCAACUCCUGAGGACCCCCAAGUGAGGACCCCCACUAGAGCCAAGCAUUCAUUUUUCGCAAGAUACCAAUGACUCCCCUUGUCAGUCAGUUCUGACUUCAUGCAUUGAGUGGAAAGCAGAAGAAACCAGGCUGAUUCAUCUCCCAGAAAUCCCUUCCGUUGCCUCCACAUUUUGCAUUGCAGCCUUCCUUCUAGGAGGGCUAGUGGCUGCUUUCUCCUCCUCCUCCUCCUCUUUUUAAAGAAGAUAUAUCAUGGUUUGGGCUGUGGUGCCAUCCAGUCCUGGUUCCUGGCAAAACUCGUCCAUGCUUGCUCAGGAUCCUGUUCCUUCUUCUGACGUACAUAUUUUGUAAGGGAAAAAUGUAUUUGUUUUGUAGGAUUUGCUAGAGCUUCUCAUUAAGACGGGCAGAACUUGCCUGAAGACCAAAGGCUUCCUUCCGAUCUCUCAGAGGCUUCCUGAGACCACACAUGGAUGACCGAGACUCAGCUGGCCCAGGAGCAGGAAGAGGCCAUGCCAUCCAAAGUGGGAGCAGUGGGGGAUUCUGGGAAAGGUCUGUGCAGAAGAUCCUGGUUGAGGAGGACACCCUCCGCUCAGAGGGGCAGAGCCAGCAAUUGAGGCAGUUCUGCUGCCAGGAGGCCAAAGGACCCCGAGAGGUUUGCAGCCGACUCUACCACCUUGACCAUCAGUGGCUGAAGCCAGAAAGGCACAUGAAAGCUGAGAUGUUGGACCUGGUGAUCUUGGAGCAGUUCCUGGCUGUCCUUCCCCCGGAGAUGGAGAGCUGGGUGAGGGAAUGCGGAGCGGAGACCAGUUCCCAGGCGGUGGCCCUGGCCGAAGGUUUCCUCCUGAGUCAGGCAGAGGAGAGAAAGCAGGAAAAGGAUCAUUUUGCAGAAAUGGACAUGGAUUCCUGUGAGGCAGAGAGGCCUCCGUUGGACACCAGAAAGAGGCCACUGGGUGACAGAAUGAAGCCAGCAAGACCUCCUGAUCCGUCUUUUCAUGGGGGCAGAAGGGAAGCAGUGGCUGUGGAACCAGAUCAGGGUCCAGUGUGCUUUGAAGAUGUCGCUGUUCGUUUCACGGAGGAGGAGUGGGCAUUGCUGGAUCCUGACCAGAGAGCUCUGCAUAAGGACGUCAUGGAGGAGAAUCGUGGGAUCGUGGCCUCUCUUGAUUGUGAUGAAUUGGAAAUUGAGAACAAAGGUUACCAUGACAAAAUUCCCAGAGAGGAGAAGCCACGUAAAAAUUUGGAGUGUGGAGAAAGCUGCAGUCAGAGCUCCCAUUCCAUUUCCCAUCAACGAAAUCUCAUUGGAAAGAAACCCUAUCAGUGCAUGGAAUGUGGAAAGAGCUUCAGGAACAGCUUCUCUUGGAGUUCCCAUCAAAGAAUUCAUACAGGGGAUAAACCAUAUACUUGUUUGGAAUGUGGGAAGAGCUUCAGUAAGAACUCCAAUCUCACCAAACAUCAGAGAAUUCAUACAGGGGAGAAACCAUAUAACUGUUUGGACUGUGGAAAGAGCUUCAUUUGGAGCACCGAUCUCACUAAGCAUCAGAGAAUUCAUACAGAGGAGAAACCCUAUCAGUGUGUGGAAUGUGGAAAGAACUUCAGGAACAGCUUCUCUUUGAGUUGCCAUCAAAGAAUUCAUACAGGGGAGAAACCAUAUAAUUGUUUGGAAUGUGGAAAGAGCUUCAGUAAGAACUCCAAUCUCACAAAACAUCAGAGAAUUCAUACAGGGGAGAAACCCUAUCAAUGCUUGGACUGUGGAAAGAGCUUCAUUUGGAGCACUGAUCUCACUAAGCAUCAGAGAAUUCAUACAGGGGAGAAACCCUAUCAGUGUGCGGAAUGUGGAAAGAGCUUCAGUUGGAGCACUGAUCUCAUUCUCCAUCAAAGAAUUCAUACAGGGGAGAAACCCUAUCAGUGUGUGGAAUGUGGAAAGAGCUUCAGUACGAGCUCCAAUCUCACUUCCCAUCAAAGAAUUCAUACAGGGGAGAAACCCUAUCAGUGUGUGGAAUGUGGAAAGAGCUUCAGUACAAGCUCCAAUCUCACUUCCCAUCAAAGAAUUCAUACAGGGGAGAAACCCUAUCAAUGUGCGGAGUGUGGAAAGAGCUUCAGCCACAGCCACAAUCUCACUUCCCAUCAAAUAAUUCAUACAUUGGAGAAACUCUAUCAGUGUGAGAAAUGUGGAAAGAGCUACAGUAACAGCCACAAUCUCACUUCCCAUCAAAAAAUUCAUACAAGGGAGAAACCCUAUCAGUGUGUGGAAUGUGCAAAAAGCUUCAGGAAGAGCUCCGAUCUCACUUCCCAUCAGAGAAUUCAUACAGGGGAGAAACCCUAUCAAUGUGCGGAGUGUGGAAAGAGCUUCAGUAGGAGCUGCAAUCUCACUUCCCAUCGAAGAAUUCAUACAGGGGAGAAACCCUAUCAGUGUGUGGAUUGUGGAAAGAGCUUCAGUCACAGCCACAAUCUCACUUCCCAUCAAAAAAUUCAUACAGGGGAGAAACCCUAUAAGUGUGUAGAGUGUGGGAAGAGCUUCAGGAAGAGCUCCGAUCUCAGGUCCCAUCAAAGAAUUCAUACAGGAGAGAAGCCAUAUCAAUGCUUAGAAUGUGGAAUGAGCUUCACUGAUAGCUCCUCUCUCACUUCCCAUCGAAGAAUUCAUACAGGGGAGAAACCCUAUCAGUGUGUGGAAUGUGGAAAGAGCUUCCGUCGGAGCACCGAUCUCACUAUCCAUCAAAGACUUCAUACAGGGGAGAAACCCUAUCAAUGUGUGGAAUGUGGAAAGAGCUUCAGUAAGAGCGCCCAUCUCACUUCCCAUCAAAGAAUUCAUACAGGGGAGAAACCUUAUCAGUGCGUUGAAUGUGGAAAGAGCUUCAGUUGGAGCACCCAUCUCACUUCCCAUCAAAGAAUACAUACAAGGGAGAAACCCUAUCAAUGUGCGGAAUGUGGAAAGAGCUUCAGUAAGAGCUCCCAUCUCACUUCCCAUCAAAGAAUUCAUACAGGGGAGAAACCCUAUCAGUGUGUGGAAUGUGGGAAGAGCUUCAGGAAGAGCUUCCAUCUGACUUCCCAUCGGAGAAUUCAUACAGGGGAGAAACCCUAUCAGUGUGUGGAAUGUGCAAAAAGCUUCAGGAAGAGCUCCUCUCUCAGUUCCCAUCGAAGAAUUCAUACAGGGGAAAAACCCUACCAAUGUCCGGAAUGUGGAAAGAGCUUCAGUAAAAACCACAAUCUCACUUCCCAUCAAAGAAUUCAUACAGGGGAGAAACCCUAUCAGUGUGGGGAAUGUGGAAAGAGCUUUAGUCAGAGUAGCCAUCUCACUUCCCAUCAAAGAAUUCAUACAGGGGAGAAACCCUAUCAGUGUGUGCAAUGUGGAAAGAGCUUCAGUAAGAGCUCCUCUCUCACUUCCCAUCAAAUAAUUCAUUCAAAGGAGAAACCCUAUCAGUGUGUGGAAUGUGGAAAGAGCUUCAGUCAGAGAGCCCAUCUCACUUCGCAUCAAAGAAUUCAUACAGGGGAGAAACCAUAUCAGUGUGUGGAAUGUGAAAAAUGCUUCAGGGACAGCUUUAAUCUCACUUCCCAUCACAAAAUUCAUACAGGGGAGAAACCCUACCAGUGUAUGGAAUGUGGAAAGAGCUUCAGUUGGAGUACCGAUCUCAUUUUCCAUCAAAGAAUUCAUACAGGGGAGAAGCCCUUUCAGUGUGCGGAAUGUGGAAAGAGCUUCAGCGACAGCCGCAAUCUCACUUCCCAUCAAAAAAUUCAUAGAGGGGAGAAACCCUAUCACUGUGUGGAAUGUGGAAAGAGCUUCAGUAAGAGCUGCAAUCUCACUUCCCAUCAAAGAGUUCAUACAGGGGAGAAGCCCUAUCAGUGUGUGGAAUGUGGAAAGAGCUUCAGUCACAGCCAAAAUCUCACUUCCCAUCAGAGAACUCAUACAGGGGAGAAACCCUAUCAGUGUGUGGAAUGUGGAACGAGUUUCAGUCAGGGUUCCCAUCUCACUUCCCAUCAGAGAAUUCAUACAGGGGAGAAACCCUAUCAGUGUGUGGAAUGUGGAAAAAGCUUCAUUAGGAUCACCGAUCUCACUUCCCAUCAAAGAAUUCAUACAGGCGAGAAACUCUAUCAGUGUGCGGAAUGUGGAAAGAGCUUCAGUAGGAUCACCGAUCUAACUUCCCAUGAAAGACUUCAUACAGGGCAAAAACUCUAUCAGUGUGCGGAAUGUGGAAAGAGCUUCGGGAAGAGCUCCACUCUCACUUUCCAUAAAAGAAUUCAUACAGGGGAGAAACCAUAUCAAUGUGUGGAAUGUGCAAAAAGCUUCAGGAAGAGCUCUGAUCUCACUUCCCAUCAGAGAAUUCAUACAGGGGAGAAACCCUAUCAGUGCAUGGAAUGUGGAAAGAGCUUCAGUAAGAGCUGCAAUCUCACUUCCCAUCAGAGAAUUCAUACAGGGGAGAAACCCUAUCAGUGUGUUGAAUGUGGAAAGAGCUUCAGUCACAGCAACAAUCUCACUUCCCAUCAAAGAAUUCAUACAGGGGAGAAACCCUAUCCGUGUUUGGAAUGUGGAAAGAGUUUCAGUAAGAGCUCCUCUCUCACUUCCCAUCAAAGAAUUCAUUCAAAGGUCGGAAAUACCAUUAUGCAGCUUUAGGAGCCUGUCAAAUAGGCACCAUUUUAACCAGGCCUUUGGCUGAUUGACAUCUAAUGCCCUUUUAAAAUGUGGUGCGGGGGGGGGGUUCAGAU